AUUUGCAUAGUGGAAAACUGAAAUCGGCAAUGGCAGCCGUAUGAUUGGAAUAUACUGUGGUCUCCCUCGCUCCUGCCUGCUCCUGUUUUGCGUUCACUGGCGUCGACCACUGGGCGCUUCCACAACUGACAGCCACCACUACCUCAAAUCCGUUCGGUCGUGCCAUUGUUCACGAAAAAACCGGUGUUGUCGCCCUUCCAUGUCGGCAUGAAUAGGGGUUUGCCAACCUCACCAACCUGUGCCUCUGCUCUUCCUCCUCUACUUGUCAAACAUCCGCAGGCUGAACGGAUUUCAUCCCUCGUACUCAACACCACCACCAAUAUCAACACUGCACAUCCGCUUCAAAUCGAUCUGGACCACAAGCGCUCCCAAUGUUUUCUAAAGCCUCACUUGUCUGACUUUCCGGACACUAGUUCAGUUAAAGGUGGCACCGUGGCCGAUUUACCAACUAUGACGAACAGUUCUGAACGGUUUGCGAAGCCAAAUGGGCCAUCUGAGCUACUUAAUCUCCCUGGGACCACUCGCCGGGCUCCGGAUACACCAACGGCUCCCAACGCUGGUGCGGCAAUCUACGGUCAGCUGGUCACUGCAGAUCAAUUGGAGCAACUCAAUGCAGCCAGUCACGGCGACUGUGUUUCCAAGCCGGACGAUUCAGGAAAGUAUUCCGGGACCAAGGGGAAAAGGCAGCUAGCCAAAGGCCGGUCCAAUGCAGUGAUUGAAGAGGACACCAAACUCUCAGUUGUCCAAGACUUUGAUUCGACUACAAGUUCGCAACCCGCAUAUGCCAAUUUGGAUCUUUCCUAUGCAACGAAAGCGAUGCACAGUGAUCUGUCCCAUCAACCUAUGGAUAUUACUCUGUGCCCCACGGAUACAGAUUAUUGCCGUGUGGAUGUUUCACUUACUCAGCCAAUGGUAGUGGACUGUGCAAUCCAGCGCGAAACCCCCUGCUCAUCCAAUCUCGUGAGCUCUGGCGGAACUGAACUCCCUGGGCUCAUCAGUCCAUGUGAGGCUAGUAGUCUCAAACACUCGCCCUGCACAGUUUCUCACUACAAAAACGGUUCGUCCCUGGCUAACACAUCCCUCAAUGGCCGUUACCCCAUGGAAACCGGUUCCGUUCUUGUCAGGGAUUAUGAGCACCGUCCACUGAUGAAAAUGUCUGUCAAUCUGAUUCGAACGUACAAAAAUAUCAAUGAGGUGUACUAUCGUAAAAAGCGUCGGUUACGAGAGCAAGUGACUGAAGACAACGACCAGAAACGCGAUCGCAAAGGUUCCACCAACGCCCGAGCAGGGUCUGUUCAUCACACCAGUUUUGGCCCCAUCCCGUGUACCAAUGUUGGCGCCGCCGCCGCCGCUGCCGUUUCCCUCGAUUGCCACUGCCAUCUCCACUGUCACCACUAUCAUCAUCAUCAUUCGCACCACCUGUGUGUGCAGCCGGCUCCGGCUGGCUAUCCUCCCGCACUGCCUCCACAUCGUGUUCCAACCACCUGUCUCAACAAUUGUCGGCUACCGGGAGUGGUCGCCCACCAUACGAGCACACACGCGGCAUCAGGUGUCCAUUACUUGAGUCUGCAGCCUCCUCCCACCAUUGGUCAUGCAGUUCAGCAGCCAUCCAUCAAGGAUCCCCCUACAUCCUCCUCCUGCCAGCGAUGCCAACACCAGUAUUUGUACGAUGCUGGUUCUUCUGGCAACUCAAGCGCCAACAAACAAAGUCAUCACCUGGCUGCACCUCUUGCCGUUGCCGCCACCGCGGCUUCUGGUAUGCGUUUGCCACCCACUAACGCAACCGCUGAUCCACUCCAAACAGCAAAUGGUACCUUGUCCACUUACUCGACUCACGGUUUCGUUCGUGUUGGCGACGUAUGGCACGACCGGUACAGAAUACUCGCUUUAAUUGGCAAGGGAACUUUUGGACAGGUUGUCCGUGCACUAGAUCAAACAUCCGGAGAGGAAGUGGCCAUCAAAAUGAUCCGAAACAAACGCUCCUUUUUGCAGCAGGCUGAAGUCGAAAUCAAGCUGCUGCGUGAAAUGUCCACCUUCCAAGUUGACGAUCAGUUGGCCGCCGAGGUUGGUGCGAAUUACAUUGUCAAUUUGAAGACGCAUUUCACUUAUUAUGGUCACCUGUGCCUUGUGUUCGAGUUGUUAUCCUACAACUUGUACGAUCUUCUGGUGAACACCAACUACCGGGGCGUAUCGCUAAAUUUGACACGAAAGUUCGCGCAACAACUCUGCGCCGCACUCGUGUUCCUCUCUCGACCAGAUGUGCAAGUGAUUCAUUGUGAUUUAAAACCGGAGAACAUUUUGCUCGUAAAUCCCAAACGGUCCGCAAUCAAGGUGAUCGACUUCGGUAGCUCAUGUCAUGCCUCCGAAAAGGUGUACCAGUACAUCCAGUCCCGGUUUUAUCGCUCUCCUGAAGUGUUGUUCAACCUAGACUAUGGACUAGGCAUCGACAUGUGGUCUCUCGGCUGCAUCCUCGUGGAAAUGCACACCGGUGAACCUUUAUUUUCCGGCUCGAACGAGUUGGAGCAAGUACUACAGAUUAUUGAAGUUCUUGGAUUCCCUCCGGUUCAUAUGAUUGAAUUAAGUCCGAAGCGUUCAAGCUUCUUUGACACUAUCCCCGUCUCCGAUUUGACGGGCUCAAAUUCUUCCAGCCCAAUAUCUCAACACCUCUCCCCCAGGGGCUCCCCAUCUUCGUCCAGCACUCUUUUUGGCCAAUUCCCCCGUAUCCACCCUGCUGGUUAUGUCCUUUCCUCUUCCGGCACCUCAUGGUACAAACCGAAGCGGACGUGGAAAAAGCAGAAUUUUACCUACGAAGUACGCGGGGAACUGUUUUGUUUAGCGCCUAUGACUUUAGAGCAUAUUUUGAGAGUUGAAUGUUCCACUGUUUGUCUACACUUGUUUACAGAUAGUCUCUUCCACAUACUUAUACGUUGGUUGCCCGUGUAUUCGACCGUAACCGUGGUUGCCAGCGCUGUUAGCCUGUAUUAUGAUUUGAGCCUCGUUUUCCUAACCUAUGUGUCAUUGCUCACCUGCUGUGGUUUGGAUCAAGCAUCCUCACUACUGUAUACUGAGUGGGUGCUUCUUCUGCUCGUUUGCCACUAUGCUGCGAGCGGCAUUCAUGCCUAA